UUCGUGCCCAUCCGCUUCGAGCAUGGAAGGUCUCUUGCUGCACGUGGACUCGCGCAACGAAGCCAUCGGUGACAUCCGCUGCCUCGUGCUCGAGGAGGGCCAGCUGCAUCUCUACUCGGCCGCGCGGACGACGCUCCUCGCGAGCUACGACCUCGAGACCGUGCAUGCGGCGACGGCGCUCGUGACGUGCAAGGCGCGCGUGCUGCCGCACCAGUUCUGCAUCGAGCUGCACCGCAAGCACAAGCUGGUCGUGUCCCUGCGCUUCGCGGCGCCGUCGCUCGCGUCGCUCCUCGCGUGGCGCAAUGCCAUCCACCACUGGCGGCGAAAGGUCUUUGACGCGAGCCCGGUCACGACCAACGACUUGAUCUGCGAGCUCGCUGCCCUCUUGGGAACGAUUGAAAUGUGCGACAUUGAGCCGCGGAAGCGCCCGCUGGUAACUCGACGCUUCUCGCUCCCGUCCAUCAAGCCGCGACCGAUCCGCGUCUGGAAGAAGACCAAGUCGCUGGCGACGAGCUAGUGGCAUGGCAUGUGUGUAUUUAAGUCCAUGUAAAACGAUUCUUGUGGAGAG